ACUUGCCAGCCAUCAAAUUGCAACCCCUUGAGAACGCUAUGGACAACCUACUAGCAUCUAUCCAAGAAGCCUUGGAGGGCCAAAUAGACUAUCAAGGCCAACAAAUGGCAGAACUUCUUUCUACAGUCCUUCUCAUCAUCUGGGGUAUUAUCGCUUUCUUUGUUGGAUACAUUCAGCAAGAUAUUCAUCUCACGCUGUGGGUUGGGUUGGCGGGUACCGCAGCAACUGGUUUGGUCGUGAUUCCGCCCUGGCCCAUGUACAACAAAAGCCCUGAAAGAUGGUUGAAACCCACAACGGCGGGUGCAAGAGUUAAAGGUGUUACGGUAGACGGUGUAAAGGUUGCAUGAGAUUUAGCCGUGGGCUUUACAAGUCAUACUGAUAGCCGGAACUGAUCACGGCUUGCCCGCAGUUCUUCAAGAGAAGCCUAUUAUAAGUGAAUUCAGAAAGCCUCUACUGAAAGUGCGAAU